CUUAGUCCACAGCAUGCAGGCACUGAUUAACAGUAACCACCGCCAUACCGGGGAAUCCUCAAUUUUCCAUCCCCGCCUCGUUGAAAAAAUCCAAUUAUUCUUACAUUUACCCUCCAUUUUCAUAAACCCUAAACCCUAACACCAAAAAUCCCACAUUAGAUAACUGAAAAAAAUCCCCAAAUAUAGCUGAUAACUGAAAUAUUACCCCUGUUCUUAAUGGCGACAGGCGUUCUCCUCAGAUCUCUUCGUCGCCGUGAGUUUUCUUCUGCUCCAAUUUCCGCGUACAAAACUUUGACUGGAAAUGCCAAGCCAUCAUGGUUAUUUGGCAACAAAUGGUCGGGUCUUGCUAGGCCAUUCAGCACAAAAUCAGCGGGGAAUGAUGUUAUUGGUAUUGACUUGGGUACCACAAACUCUUGCGUUGCUGUCAUGGAGGGCAAGAACCCCAAAGUUAUAGAGAACUCUGAGGGUGCACGGACCACUCCCUCAGUGGUUGCUUUUAACCAAAAAGGAGAGCUGCUUGUUGGUACACCAGCUAAACGUCAGGCUGUCACCAAUCCAACAAACACCGUCUUUGGAACCAAGCGCCUGAUUGGUAGACGUUUUGACGAUCCGCAGACACAAAAAGAGAUGAAGAUGGUCCCAUAUAAAAUAGUCAGGGCCUCUAAUGGAGAUGCAUGGGUUGAAGCCAAUGGACAGCAGUACUCACCCAGCCAAAUAGGAGCUUUUAUUCUGACUAAGAUGAAGGAAACGGCUGAGGCUUACCUAGGAAAGUCUGUAAACAAGGCGGUGAUAACGGUUCCAGCUUAUUUUAAUGAUGCUCAAAGGCAGGCAACGAAGGAUGCUGGGAGAAUUGCAGCUCUUGAUGUGGAAAGGAUAAUUAAUGAGCCAACUGCUGCUGCCCUGUCCUAUGGUAUGAACAACAAAGAGGGUCUUGUUGCUGUUUUUGAUCUAGGUGGUGGAACUUUUGAUAUUUCCAUAUUGGAGAUAUCAAAUGGUGUUUUUGAGGUUAAAGCUACAAAUGGUGACACUUUUUUGGGAGGAGAGGACUUUGACAAUACGCUGUUGGAAUUUUUGGUGGGUGAGUUCAAGAGAACCGAGGGAAUUGAUCUGUCAAAGGACAAGCUUGCUCUGCAGAGACUUCGAGAAGCUGCCGAGAAGGCCAAGAUAGAGCUUUCUUCGACAUCUCAGACUGAAAUCAACUUGCCUUUCAUAACUGCCGAUGCAUCUGGGGCAAAGCAUUUGAAUAUAACAUUGACCAGAUCAAAGUUUGAGACUUUGGUGAACCACCUGAUUGAGAGAACUAGGACUCCUUGCAAAAGUUGUUUAAAAGACGCCGGCAUUUCAACUAAAGAAGUGAAUGAAGUCCUCCUUGUUGGAGGGAUGACCCGUGUCCCUAAGGUUCAGGAAGUUGUUGCUGAAAUCUUUGGCAAGUCCCCAAGCAAAGGGGUGAAUCCUGACGAGGCUGUUGCCAUGGGUGCUGCUAUUCAGGGUGGCAUCCUCCGUGGUGAUGUUAAAGAGUUACUUCUCCUGGAUGUGACCCCCUUAUCGCUUGGUAUUGAGACUCUGGGAGGUAUCUUUACCAGAUUGAUCAAUAGAAAUACCACCAUUCCUACGAAAAAGAGUCAGACAUUUUCAACAGCUGCAGACAACCAAACUCAAGUGGGUAUCAAAGUAUUGCAAGGAGAGCGUGAAAUGGCUUCCGACAACAAGCUUUUGGGUGAGUUUGAACUUGUGGAUAUUCCUCCUGCUCCAAGGGGCAUGCCUCAGAUAGAAGUUACAUUCGACAUUGAUGCCAAUGGAAUUGUAACUGUAUCUGCGAAGGACAAGACUACUGGGAAAGAGCAGCAAAUCACUAUCCGAUCAUCCGGUGGCUUAUCGGAAAACGAGAUUGAAAAAAUGGUUAAGGACGCUGAGAUGCAUUUACAGAAAGAUCAAGAAAGGAAGGCUUUAAUUGAUCUCAGAAAUAAUGCGGACACCACAAUUUACAGUAUAGAGAAGAGCCUAAACGAGUAUAGGGACAAGGUUCCAAGUGGAGUUGUCUCUGAGAUUGAGUCUGCUAUUUCAGAUUUAAGGAACGCAAUGGCAACUGAUAAUGCUGAUGAGAUAAAGGCGAAGCUUGAUUCAGCAAACAAGGCUGUAUCUAAGAUUGGACAGCACAUGUCUGGUGGUGGUUCCUCCUCGACCGGAGGUUCUCAGGGAGGCGACCAGGCCCCCGAGGCAGAGUAUGAGGAGGUAAAGAAGUAGAAUAUGGUAAUAGUAUAUAGGAAUUUGUGUCCGAAACUUCUCAGGAACUUGACUGUAUUGGAAGGUUCCUGGUUUGGCAAUUGCACUUGCAGAAACUUCUGAAACCCUUAUUUGUAUAUCUGAGUAACAUGUUUGAUGGAAUAA